AUGGCGUCCCAAUCCGAUGUCCUUGAUGGCAUCUUCGCCAGGCUGGGAAGCAAGCAUCGCAAGAUCUCAAGUCCUACCCUCGAGUUUCCCGGCGACGACGGACGCAAGAGUGUCUGGAAAGACGUCUUUCAUCGCAUUUUCGACCUGACGAAAAGCAACCACACAUAUGAGCGCCUCGGAGCAAUCUCGGCGAUCGGUACGCCUCCGACUGAAGCACACGCUGAUCCCUCCCAGAUGCAAUGCUCGAGCCGGCAAAUGAUGAUACCCCGGAUCGAGCGCUUCAGAACAACAAUCGACUCUAUGGAUGUAAGCUUGACCGUCUGGAAUGAGCUGACAGCAGAUCUUCGCCCGCUGUUGACGUAUCCCGAGUCGCAGGUCAUGGUGUCUGCGGCGCACGUCGUCGGCAACAUGGUCAAGUGCGCCGGAGCCAACCUCCCGGACUCGUUCUUCACGAAGGAGGUCGGACAAGCCCUGCAGAUCAUGGACGGUGAGCUCAGAGGUUGCGACGUAGCUAAUAUUAGACUCGCGGCAAGAGGUCAACAGGUUCAGCGCCGUGCUCCUGCUCCAUCAGUUCGCCGUUCACGACCCCCUCCACUUCCACCCCUUCGUCUUACGUGUGCUCGAGAAGAUCUGGGUCCCGCUGCGCGACAGCAGGGUGAGCUGGCGAUGUCUACCGUAGCUAACAUUCAGACGAUGGUUCGAGAGCGUGCUUCUAUGCUGCUCAGCGCAUGUCUCGACAUUAUCAAAACUCGUGAACGCUCAAGUGCCGAGGUUUACCGAAUGAUUUUCGAGGAGGCUAGGAGCGGAUUGCUGAAGGCGAACUCGGUCGAGUCCAUUCUCGGAUCGCUGCUCGCAUUCAGCGCCAUGCUCCAGAACCAGCAGAUCUCGAUGGGCGAGUACUACCAGGCUAUUUGCGACAUCACUCUCAAGUACCGCGACAGCAAGGAGACGGUCAUUCGCAAGUCGGUCAUCACCCUUAUCCCUAGCAUGGCCAACUAUGACACGGACGAGUUCGAGCAGCACUACCUCCACCGCAGCAUGACGUACCUCCUCUCGGCACUGAACAAGCCCACCGACCGCGAUAUCAUCGGCCCGAUGCUUACACGGCAAAUGCACGAGAUCCUCGAUCUCAUGUUCCCGUGGGGCCUGUCGGAUGCGCUCUACCACGCUCUUGAGGUUAUUUCGGGCAACAUUCCGCCAUUGCUCCGAACUAUCCAAGGUAAGCUAGAAACUCGACGACUUCAGCUGACGGUCAGACCGCUUGCUGGAAACUCUCCGACCGACAUCACGCGUGAAGCUGUCGUUCAAGCCUCUGGUGGUGGCCAAUCUGCCGAAACGAUCGCCCUCGCCCUCCGGGUCCUCGGCAACUUUGACUUCAGCGGCCACACCUUGAACGAGUUUGUGCGUGAGGCUGCUCUGCCGUACCUGGAGCACGACAACCCGGACGUGCGCAAGGAGGCCGUGCUCGCCUCGGCGCAGCUGUUCAUCAACGACCCCAUCUGCCACCAGACAAGCGCGCAUUCGAUCGAAAUCGUCAACGAUGUGCUCGAGAAGCUCCUUACCGUUGGCAUCACGGACCAAGUGCCUGCUAUCCGCCAGGCGGUGCUUGAAAACCUUGACGCCAAGUUUGAUCGCCACCUCGCUCAGGCGGAGGACAUCAGGUGCCUGUUCGUCGCCCUGAACGACGAGGUGUUCCGCAUUCGCGAGCUCGCGAUCGGUAUCAUCGGCCGCCUUGCACACCACAACCCGGCUUACGUCAUGCCGUCGCUGCGCAAGUCGCUCAUCAACUUGAUCACCGAGCUCGAGUAUGCGACCGCCAACAAGCAGAAGGAGGAGAGCGCCCGCCUGCUCUGCUUACUGAUCGGCGCGUCUAGCAGCCUCGUCAGGUCGUACGCCUCGACGAUCCUGUCGGUCAUUCUGCGCAUCGCCCGGUCACCAAGCACGCCGAGCACCGUCACUGCUUCGUGUGUCACCUGUAUCGGAGAGCUGGCCAAGGUUGCUGGCGAGGAGCUUCAGGCGAGCGUCAAGACGAUCCUGGACCUGCUUCUCGAGAUGCUGAACGACCCCGCGUCCACCGUCAAGCGCAACGCCGCCCUCAAGACGCUCGGACAGGUCGUUUCAAACACCGGUGAAGUCAUCCAGCCGUACCUCGACCACCCGCAGCUGCUCGGCAUCCUCUUCCGCAUUCUGCGUACCGAGACCACCCUGCCGAUCCGUCUGGAGGCGAUCCGCACCAUGGGUAUGCUUGGUGCCCUCGACCCCUUCAAGCACAAGUUACUGCAGGGCUCGUCGGACGACCCCAGCACCGAGGCGACCGGACCCCGCGUCACCGACAUCACGCUGUUGAUGAACACGCAAGGCCCAUCGAACGACGAGUACUACCAGACGGUCGUCAUCCACUGCCUGGUCAACCUGCUCAACGACGCCAACAUGAAGGAGCACCACUACGACGCGAUCAACUCGGUCAUGCUCAUCUUCCGCACGCAGCGUCUCAAGUGUGUUGGCUUCCUGCCGCAAAUCCUGCCUGCGUUCCUGUCCGUCAUCCGCAUGGGCAGCCGUGAUUCACAGGAUGUGUUCCUGAAGCAGCUCGCGCAGCUCAUCACGAUCGUCAAGCAGCACAUCCGCAACUACCUUGACGAGGUGUUCGCACUCGUGCACGACUUCUGGAACCCCAGCUCGAGCCUCCAGAUCACGAUCAUCUCGCUCGUCGAGGCGAUCGCUCGUGCUGUUGAGGGCGAGUUCAAGGCGUACCUGCCGCCGCUCCUGCAGCAGAUUCUCCGCACAUUCGACGGCGAUCUGUCGGCCAGGCACAUCUCCCCGCAGCGUCUCGAGACGCUGCUUCACAUCCUGAGAGCCUUCUACGUGUUCGGCGCUAGCAUCGAGGACUACCUGCAUCUGGUUCUUCCCGUCAUUGUGCGCUCGUUUGAGAACCCGGCCGCGCCGGUCGAGCUCCGCAAGGCGGCCCUCAAGACGACGGCGCAGCUCUGUCGCAAGGUCAACUUCUCCGAUCACGCGUCGCAGAUCAUUCACCCUCUUGUGCGCACCCUGAGCACGACAGACAUCGACCUCCGCAACACGGCGAUGGACACGCUCUGCGUGCUCGUUCUCCAGUUCGGCCCCGACUAUGCCAUCUUCAUCCCGAUGGUGAACAAGGCGCUCCUCGAGAACAAGAUUGUCUGGCCCGCCUACGACCAGAUGGUGACCAAGCUCCUGAACCGCGAGCGCCUCCCGCCGGACCUUGGCCCUGUCGAACAGUACGCCGCCGAUCAGACACUCGAGGUUUCGGCCGCCGCCGACCAGCAUCGUCUCCCCGUCAACCAGCAGCAGCUCAAGGCCGCCUGGGACUGUUCCAACAUUGCCACCAAGAAGGAGUGGCUCGAGUGGCUCAAGAAGCUCGGUGUCGAGCUCAUGCGUGAAUCGCCGUCGCAGGCUAUUCGUGCAUGCAUGAAGCUCGCUGAUCAGCACAGCGCGUUUGCCCGGGAGCUGUUCAACGUCGCCUUUGUCUCCUGCUGGACUGAGCUGUACGAGAGCUACCAGGAGGACCUGGUGCACAAUCUCGAGCAGGCGCUCACCAACGAUGGUGUCCCGUCCGACGUCGUCAACACAAUUCUCAACCUCGCCGAGUUCAUGGAGCACGACGACAAGCCGCUGGCGAUUGAAUCAAGGCUGCUUGGUGACUACGCCACAGCCUUCCACGCCUACGCCAAGGCCCUCCACUACAAGGAGCUGGAGUUCUUCGUCGACGCUUCAUCCGCUGUUGUCGAGGACUUGAUCAGCGUCAACCAGAAGCUCCAGCAGAGUGAUGCUGCAUGGGGCACACUCGAGUACGCCCAGAACAACCUGCAAAUGACACACGACGUCAUGUGGUACGAAAAGCUCGGACGCUGGGAGGAAGCCCUGGAAGUCUGGAACGAGCGCGCCAACGACCCUGACUCGUCCUUUGACGAAGCGACCGUCGCGAUGGGCAAGCUGCAGGCGCUGCAUGCACUCGGCGAGUGGGAGGAGCUCUCCGACUAUGUCCAGGUGCGCUGGCCGAAUGCGACGCAGGAUGAGAAGAAGCUUAUUGCGCCCCUCGGUGCCUCGGCAAGCUGGGCGCUUUACCAGUGGGACCUGAUGGACGACUACAUCUCGGCGAUGAAGAACGACUCGGCCGACCGCAACUUCUUCAAGGCGAUCCUGGCCGUCCACCGGAACCAGUUCAGCUCGGCGCUGCGGCACAUCUACAAGGCGCGCGAGCGUCUGGACGGCGAGCUCACGACGCUCACGGGCGAGAGCUACGGUCGCGCAUACGACGUCAUCGUGCGCGUGCAGAUGCUGUCCGAGCUCGAGGAGAUCAUCUCGUACAAGGAUCAUGCGGACCAGCCGGAGCGCCAGCAGACGCAGCGCCUCACCUGGCAGAAGCGCCUGAACGGGUGCCAGCGCGACGUCGAGGUUUGGCAGCGCAUCCUCCAGCUACGCUCCCUCGUCCUCACCCCGAGCCAGGACAUGGACACGUGGAUCCAGUUUGCCGAUCUGUGUCGUGUCUCGGACCGCCUCAACCUCGCCGAGAAGACGCUCACGUCCCUCGUCGGCAGCUCGUGCAGCAACCUCGACGCCGAGAGCCGAUCCCGCGCCCCGCCGCCGAUCGUGUUUGCGUACUACCGCCUCAAGUGGGCGCAGGCUGUUGCUGGCGAUUCCAGGGAGGAGCGCGACGAGACUCUCGGUUAUCUCCGCGACUUUACCAACACGCUCAGCGACGACAUGGGUCUUGGCGCCCGCGACAAUCAGGGCCGUCUCAUCCUCCCGGACGCCAAGCUGUAUGGCGAGUACACCAAGCUGCUUGCGCGCUGCCACGUUGAGUUGGGUUCCUGGCAGGCGUCGCUUCGCGAGCAUGGCGUCACGGACGACCCCGCCGCCGUGCUCCGCGACUACUCGCUCGCCACCGAGCUCGACCCGACCUGGUAUCAGGCGUGGCACACGUGGGCGCUCGCCAACUUCGAGGUCAUCAACCACCUCGAGGUGUCGCAGCAGGGUCUGCUCUCGCAGCACUUCACGACCUACAUCAUUCCAGCCGUCGAGGGUUUCCUGCGCUCUAUUGCGCUGUCGCCCGGCAACUCACUGCAGGACACGCUUCGUCUCUUAACCCUCUGGUUCACCUAUGGAUACCAGCAUGGCGUGAACCAGGCGAUCGCGCAGGGCAUGACGACCGUCAACGUCGAUGUCUGGCUCGAGGUGAUCCCGCAGAUCAUCGCGCGUAUCCAGACCCCGCGCCCGACGAUCCAGCAGCUCAUCGUGCGCCUCCUGCACGACAUUGGCCGCGCGCACCCGCAGGCGCUCAUCUACCCGCUCACCGUGGCCAGCAAGUCGAACGUGCCGAGCCGCAAGGCCGUCGCGCAGGGAAUCAUGGCCAAGAUGCGCGAGCACUCUGCCAGCAUCGUCGACCAGGCCGAGCUCGUGAGCACGGAGCUGAUCCGCGCGGCGAUCCUCUGGCACGAGCAGUGGCACGAGGGACUCGAGGAGGCGUCCAAGCACUACUUUGCCGAUCACAACGAGGAGGCCAUGUUCGAAGUCCUCGAGCCGCUGCACGACAUGAUCGAGCGCGGUCCCGAGACGCUGCGCGAGACGUCCUUCGUGCAGAGCUUUGGCCACGAGCUCCGCAUGGCGCGCGACUUCUGCCGCCGCUACAAGCUCCACGGCGACACCAACGACCUCAACCAGGCCUGGGACAUCUACUACUCGACCUUCCAGCGCCUGUCGCGCCAGCUCAAGCUUCUCAACGUCAUCGAGCUGCAGUACGUCUCGCCCCGCCUCAUGGCCGUGCGCGACCUCGACUUGUGUGUUCCCGGCAUCUACCAGCCGGGCAAGCCCGUGAUCGGCAUCGGUCACGUGCUGCCCACGUUCACGGUCAUUUCGUCCAAGCAGCGCCCUCGUCGCUUCACGAUGCGCGGCCGCGACGGCAAGGACUACACGUUCGUGCUCAAGGGCCACGAGGACUUGCGCCAGGACGAGCGUGUCAUGCAGCUGUUCGGUCUCGUCAACACUUUGCUCGCCGCGGACCAGGAGUCGGCCAAGCGCCACUUGUCUAUCCACCAGUUCAGCAUCACGCCGCUGUCGCCCGGUGCCGGUCUGCUCGGAUGGGUGCCCCACAGUGACACCCUGCACACGCUGAUCAAGAGCUACCGCGAUUCGCGCAAGAUCCUGAUCGACAUUGAAAACCGCCUCAUGAACCAGAUGGCCGACGACAACUAUGACAGUCUUCCGCUCCUGCACAAGGUCGAGGUGUUCCAGUAUGCACUGGACAACACGACCGGCCAGGACCUGUACCGCAUCCUCUGGCUGCGCAGUCGCAACUCGGAGAGCUGGCUCGAGCGCCGCACGACGUACACGCGUUCCCUCGCUUUGACUUCGAUGGUCGGCUACAUCCUCGGACUUGGCGAUCGCCACCCCUCCAACCUCAUGCUCGACCAGAUCACUGGCGAGAUCAUCCAUAUCGACUUCGGCGACUGUUUCGAGGUCGCAAUGCAGCGCGACAAGUACCCCGAGAAGGUCCCCUUCCGUCUCACGCGCAUGCUCAUCCACGCGAUGGAGGUGUGCGGUAUCACGGGCACGUUCAGUCGCUCGUGCGAGGUGUCGAUGGAGGUGCUCCGCGACAACAAGGAGUCGCUCAUGGCCGUGCUCGAGGCCUUCGUGUACGACCCGUUAAUCAACUGGCGUCUCACGGCUGCCAACAACCAGCCCGGUGGCAGGCAGGCCGCCCAGGACGUCGAGGAACGCAACUAUGCCCGCGGCGGUGGUGGACGCGCAGACGAGCGCGACAUUCUCCUCGAAGCUGACCGCCCCGAGGUCAUGAACGACAAGGCGCUCCAGGUUAUCGAACGCGUGCGCCGCAAACUCACCGGACGCGACUUCAGGCCCAACGUCAGCCUCGACAUCAAGGAACAAGUCGAGGAGCUCGUCUCUCAAGCUACCUCUGUCGAGAAUCUCUGCGUUGCCUUUAUUGGGUGGUGUGCAUUCUGCAAGUUUCAGACUACGUUUUUGACGUCCUGGAGCUCUUUUUGUGGACUUGGAGACUUCAGAGACGUGUUGGACGGUCGUGGGGAGGAGUUGGAGGUGUUGUGGUGGAGGUCCGGGGCUCCAAAGGUGAAGGGGGGUGUUGAUGGUGAGAGGGGACUGCCAGACGGGGUAAUCCUUGCCAUGGGAGUGCUCUGCGGUCACUUCUCAUGGUCACCGCUCACUCGCGUCUCUCACAUACGCGUGGCAAAAACCUCUACACCUGCUGGCCGACGGCUCGCAGUCAGUGGUCAGCUUCAUCAGCAACUCCAAGUCGUCCGCCCCACGUCCUCUUCAGCCUCAUCUCAGUCCCUCUCCAUCAACCACAACUACGCCUUGAACGCUCAUUCGGCAACCGCCGGCAGCUGGAUGCACGACACUAGUGCUACCUUCCUCCAUCUCGACCGAUUCAGCCUCUCUGGACCUGAUCGCGACCACACACGUAACGACACUGUCUCGCUCCCAGCCCCUGCCCCUGUUCACGCUUCUUCUUUCCGUCACAAUCUCGAACCACCCUUAAUCAUUCUUACCCCGAUGUCUACCGUGCCGGAGGAAGGCGGAAAUCUGCACCUGGAGGAUCUCCAGCAGAUUGCACAGUUACAGUCCGAUGCCUUGAUCGACAACCUGCGCGCCAUCGUCGACAAACCCUACCAGUGCACUGAUGCGACUGUCUAUCAGCUCUUCGAUGACCUGUCAACACUUCUCGACUGUACCCUGAAACGCAAGGAAGCGGAGGAGGACAGCAGCAAGGACCACCAUGAGAAGGCAGACGUUAAGGGCAGCGAUAACUGCCAAGACAAGGUGGCGGACAACAAGAGUGGAAGUGGAAAGGGAACAGCCAACUUGAGCGUUCUCUCCCAGGCGCCCAGCUGGGCCCACAGUGAUCGAUUCUCGCGAGGAGAUGAACUCAUGGACUUCGACAAACGGCGUCCUCCCGUUCAAGAGCAGCCAGUGGAAGAUGAGUUUGAUCUACCAAAGGUCACAGGCUUCCCUCUCUACCCGCCCGGGUGCCGUCCUGGUCCAACCGUCUUGCUUCCCGGCCCGCCAAAUCCUUGGGAGCUCCCUGGAAUGGACAUCGACGAGCGCAUCCUGAUCGAUGCAGUCGCAAUGGGCUAUCCCCAGCAUAAGCACUACAAGACCGUUGACGACCUCAACUCGUAUAUCUCGCUGGACAACCUCACAAUCGACGACUUGCUCGACAACUACCGUUCUGCCAGAGCCCGUGUCAAAAUUGGGAGGUUGCUCGGUGAUCUUCGUGACCACGCUAUACAUAAGUUCGAGCUCCUCAUCAUGCGCGACAUUGUCUGCCAGUACGAGCUGAAGAAAGCGGAAAUUAGGCAGAAGGAGCAGUCUGGAGGUGGCAGCGGCGGGCAUUUGAGCUGCCCUGAAGAUAGCGAUAUGUUGUAA